UUAAAAACAUAGUGCUCCUACUAUAUAUGAAAGUUUACAAAUUUUCCGUACAUUUCUUAUCUGUCCUAACAAAAUUAUUAGUGGUGCUUGUAAAUGUAAAGCUAUCAAAAUUUGUUGUCAAAUAAGUUAUGGCACAGAUAACCGAUAAAAGGACAACAGUUCGACCGCACACAAAUGCCGCUAAAGAGAAUAGCAGCAACAGGCGGUCAGCGCGUGGCAAAGGCAUCGAGAUUCUGGACUUUCACGAAUCAUGGCUCGAGGAGGUCGAAAUAUACAAGGACAAGCUGGUGAUGUGCAAACAGUAUCCGCAUCGCAUUCAUCAAAUGCCAUCCCAUGGCCAUCAACCACAUCAGCAUCAGCAAUUUCAAUCGCCACAUUUAGGGCCCCAUAAUUUCGGACACAUGCGUCAAGGAUUCGCUGUUCCCUGCCAAAUGGAUAAUCAGCUCUGUAUGCCACGCAGUCCGGCUGGUGGUAUCAGCGCUGCUGCUGCUGCUGCUGCUGGUGCUGGCAAUGGAGUUGCAGCCGUUGCCGCCGCUGCUGCUGCGGCUGCAAACAUCACUGGCAUGUAUUCGCUGAAGAAGUCGCUCUCUCCCGUACAGAAGCAUCGUCAGCAAAAGUCGCCGUCGCCCAAGCGUCGUGCGACGCCCGAGAAGAUUAUCGAAGUGCCGCCCUCCAAACCGGGUCGUAUUCACAAUCGUGGUGUGCCAAAGGCUAGCGCUGCCUCCACCUCGCCAACUCGACUAGCAACUGCAGAUCCGUUUAGAAAAGUGCAGCAACUGCUUUUAAAGCGCCCACGUGACGAGGGUAUUGCUAAACAGGCCGUCUCUCAGAACAAACGGUCGACCAGCACACAUAGCCCCCCAAAAUCCGGAGCAGUUGUGCAUUACAAUCGCAACAGCAAUCAGAGCAGCAGUCGAAGCAUAUCGAGCACUAACACGAUGAAGCCUACUAGUAAGAUAGUGGUUAAUACCUUCCAUGGCAGUAGUUUGCUAAGCGCCCAGCACAAUGAAGAUAAAUCAAAGAUUCUAACACAAAACGGUCUGACGAAAUCCGCAGCAACGGCCCUGGAGACCAGUCUAUAUGCAUCGCUCUACGCCCAUCCAACACAGAGUGCCCUUCACUACAAUACGGUGCGCUUGAAUUCCGGAGAACACACGAAUUAUAUAGGGGUGUCCUUAAAUAAGGUCACGGACCACGAUCGACGCCAUCACGAGGAUGAUCCAUGUGCAGCUAUAGAUGACAUUAACAACUAUGAUGAUUCGGAUUCGGAAGAGGAGUACGUGGGCACACCAUUCUAUUUGGAUGAGGAUGAGGAGGAGACGCAUCAGAGUCGUAACAUACGUUUGCAGGUGGACAAGGUUCCAUCGAAGGAAUCCGUAGGAACAACCGAUUCAGAGGCCUCUGCGUACUUUAGGCCGGAUUGCAUAUUAUCGCCCAGUCUGUUUCCACAUGUGCCGCCCUAUCUAAACUUUACCUCGCACGCCGAUAAGGGACCCCCAAUGCCUGCCUCUCUGCAUCGUGUGCUCAAAUGGAAACUGAGUCCGGUGAUGCCCAAAAUUGUUAAGCGCGUGGUGCUCAAUUCCGGAUUUCGUAUUAUCAAGAACACUACUGAUUGGAUGGCCGUUUGGGAGAAGCAUAUGAAGAGUCCAGGUUUUCGCACGAUACGUUCGCAUCAGAAAUAUAAUCACAUACCCGGAUCGUUUCGCAUUGGACGCAAGGACACGAUGUGGCGCAGCAUCUAUAAUAACAUGCGGAAGUUUGGCAAAAAGGAAUUCGGUUUCAUGCAAAAAUCGUAUAUAAUGCCCGAUGAUUUGGAGAAUCUGCGUCAAGUGUGGCCAAAGAAUGCGUCCAAGCUUACGAAAUGGAUCGUAAAGCCGCCGGCCAGUGCCCGUGGAACGGGCAUCCGUAUUGUAAAUAAAUGGAGCCAAUUUCCCAAAGAUCGUCCCCUGGUUGUGCAAAAGUACAUAGAACGACCAUUGUUGAUCAAUGACAACAAGUUCGAUAUGCGUCUGUAUGUUGUGCUCACAUCGAUUAAUCCGUUGCGGAUCUAUAUCUAUAAGGAUGGUCUGGCGCGCUUCGCUUCUGUGAAGUAUAGCUCGGAGCUGAGUAACUUGGAUGAACGCUGCAUGCACCUCACCAACUAUAGCAUCAACAAGUUUUCGCAGAACUAUGCCAAAAAUGAGGAUUUCAAUGCGUGCCAGGGACACAAGUGGACUUUGCAGUCCUUGUGGUCCUGCCUGGAGAAUCGGGGCGUUAACACGAAACGUUUGUGGGCCACUUUACGGAAUCUCGUCAUCAAAGGCAUUAUCAGCGGCGAAUCCGGUCUGAAUCGCAUGUAUCGCCAGAAUGUUAACUUUCGCUACAACUGCUUCGAGCUGUUCGGUUUCGAUGUGCUGCUGGAUGAGAAUCUAGUUCCAUGGCUGUUGGAGAUAAACAUAUCGCCAUCGUUGCAUUCAGAGUUGCCGCUCGAUUUACAUGUGAAGGGUCCACUGAUACAGGCUGUGUUGAACACGGCUCUCUAUCAGGUGCCGCCUAAGCUUAACGAACGGCAACAGACCGAUAUACUGGAUGAGCUGAAUCUAGAGGGCCCCCUGUGCCACGACAAACGCAUCUUCACCACCUGCCUCACUGCCGACGAGGUGCGCAAACACAAUCAGUUCACAAAUCGCAACUUGGAGUUCCGUGAGGAGUAUAUUGAUACUAUACUCGACAAUCUGCUGCCCGAUGAUGUGCGCUGCCUCAUCGUCUCCGAAGACGAGCUGGCCCGUUGUAAGCCGCUGGAGCGUAUCUUUCCCACUGCCAAUACUCAUAUUUAUCUGGACUACCUCGAGAAUGCGCGCUACUACAAUCGCCUGAUGGAUGCUUGGGAGUCCAAGUACGCCAAAUGCCGUGCUACUGGCAUUGCACUCCUCUCACGCUUCUGCAAGGACAAAUUCCACUUGCAGGUCUCUGAUGCUGCAAUGGAGAAGGAACCGAAUGUGGCCCUCACUGAGAUCGAUAUGCUGCAUGUACGCAAGGAUGAGAUUUUGGACAGUGCAACGAAUCUAUCAUUGCUGAAGCCGCCAAUGAGCUCAUUAAAUACUGAUGGUCAUAAUACAGAAACCGUCGCUACCGCUGCCAAAAAAGAAGACUGAAUACUGAAGAAAAGAGAUCGAGCUCCUUGAAUAACAAUACCAAUACCAUUAUUUGAUGCCCAGCCACAAUUUCUGUUCGUAUUUUGUUGUAAUACAAACACUCACAAACAAACAACAUACACACACAUAAUAUCUGGUUUAUUCGUUUAAUUUUUUAAAUUUUACGUCGAAAUGGAAAAAAUAAAGUUAAACAUUUCUGA